AUCACAGUCUAAAUACAUAUCUCCUCGAAUCAAGAAGGUAGCAUAAUGUCCAAAAUCGGUAUUUGUUGUGUCGUUCUGACCGCCCUUUUUCUUGGGUUUACCAACGCUGGAAGUUUACAAGCUGGAGAAGUCUCGUCAAAGCCGCAAGAAUGGUACGCGCCACGGGUGACACGUGCAAUCUCACAGUGCCCCGCGGGUCAUUGCCAUUCUCGAAAUUGCUGCGCUUUCUACUGCUCCACGGGCGACACUUGUCUCAUGAUGUCGGGCAAACCCUUCUGCCUUGGUGAAGGGGGUGUGCCCACUAAUGCCAAUACUUGCUUGGAAUCGCGCUGUCUAGAUUGCCCCCUGUCGGCCGGGUUGUACUGCUCGUCCACCUUUUGCGAAACUUUGGUGGAAGAUCCGUCCUUCCGUGUUUGCAACUUUGACCGUAUUCGGGGUCCAAUUCAGCCUUAAGAGUCAUCGAGGUUUCUGAUGGAUUGGACAUUGUCGGGAAUAUGGAAGGUUUAUAGAUAGAAAUGUUAAUUUGGCAAUAUUAAAAUUGGAAAAUAAACCUGUUGAAGUGAAACUCUA